AUGGAGCUCGGCGAGAUUGUUGUGACUGAACAUCCCAGUGAGAGGGAGAUGUACAAGAAGAAGAUGCCAAGAGCCCAGAACCUGCUGUGGAGAAGUGGAAACUGGAUCCACCAUGGUUUUGGGUAUCUCACAGGAGAAAUGGAAGAAUAUGGAGAGUGGAUGAAAAACAAGCCCUUAAUGUUUCAGCUGGUGGACUGGAUCUUGCGAGGGACCUCCCAGGUGAUGUUUGUCAACAACCCUCUCAGUGGGCUGAUCAUUUUAGUGGGGCUUUUCAUCCAGAGCCCCUGGUGGAUGCUCACGGGCUGCACUGGAACCACUGUGUCCAUCUUUACUGCGCUGGCCCUCAGCCAGGACAGGUCAUCCAUCGCAGCUGGGCUGCAUGGCUACAACGGGAUCCUGGUGGGUCUGCUCAUGGCUGUCUACUCGGACAAAGGGGACUACUACUGGUGGCUUCUCCCUCCUGUGGCAGUCAUAUCUGCAGCCUGCCCAGUCCUGUCCAGUGCUUUGGGAGCCAUCUUCAGCAAAUGGGACCUUCCCGUUUUCACCCUGCCCUUCAACAUUGCAGUGACCCUGUACCUGGCAGCCACAGGGCACUACAACCCCUUCUUCCCCACAACCCUCAUCAAGCCCGUGGCUGCAGUGCCCAACAUCACCUGGUCUGACAUCAAUGUGCCACUGCUCUUACAAUCCAUCCCAGUUGGUAUUGGCCAAGUAUAUGGUUGUGGAAACCCCUGGACUGGAGGCAUUUUCCUUGUGGCUCUGCUCAUCUCCUCCCCACUGAUUUGUUUACAUGCUGCAAUUGGAUCCACCGUGGGAAUGUUUGCAGCCCUGAGCAUUGCAUCCCCAUUUGACAGCAUCUACCUUGGCUUGCACAACUACAACUGUGCCCUGGCCUGCAUUGCCAUCGGGGGCAUGUUCUAUGCCCUGACUUGGCAGACACAUUUGCUGUCCCUUGCCUGUGCCUUAUUUUGUGGUUACUCUGGAGCAGCUCUUGCUAAUGCCCUCUCUGUGCUCGGGCUGCCAGUGUGCACCUGGCCCUUCUGCCUCUCCGCGCUGCUCUUCCUGCUGAUCACGUCCGAAAACCCGGCCAUCUACAGAAUGCCCCUCUGCAAAGUCAGCCACCCAGAAGCCAACAGGAUCUACUACCUGAGAAUGAAGAGAAGGGCCUCGGAGAGCAGGAGGGAGGAGCAGAAGAGGAAGGAGCAGAAACCCUCUGACAGCCCAACUUUAAGCACUGGGGGUACCCCACUGUGCAGCCCCAAGAGCCGCCACGCUCACUGA